UCUACAAUAUGGAGGGAGUUUCCCCAUUUUUCAUACUUCCUCUUCUUGUAUUGUUUUCUUGUCUUAGCCUUGCUACUACUAAUCAACUCUAUACUGAUGAGUUUCCACUUCUUGCUUUUAAAUCCCUCAUCACUUCAGAUCCUUCCAAUAUAUUGAAAAAAAAUUGGACCGCCGGAACCUCUGUUUGUACAUGGUUCGGAGUUACUUGUGAUUCACCUCAUAAUAGGGUGACUCAUUUGGAUCUCUCGGAUAUGGGACUCGGAGGUAGCAUUCCACCAGAAAUUGGAAAUCUUUCUUUUCUUGUUUCUCUAAAUUUAAGUGGAAACUCUCUUCAUGGUUACCUGCCAAAGGAGGUUUGCAGCUACAACAACCUUCCAAGACUCAAAGAACUUCAGCUAUCCAAUAAUACUUUGGAGGGAGAGAUACCACUGAGUUUGGGUGAAUGUCCACAGCUUGAGAUUCUUGCCUUGUCAUACAACAACUUUGUGGGACAUGUGCCUGCACAAAUUGGGAACAUUACAAGCCUUAAGAGAUUACGCAUUUAUGACAACAAUCUAAAAGGUACUAUUCCCAAAGAGAUUGGUCUUUUGAAUAAAUUGGAGUUGAUGCGUUUGGGCUUUAACGAACUCAGUGGAGCAAUCCCAAACGAAGUUGGGAACAUGACAAGCCUUUCUGACUUAUCGCUAUCGAAUAAUUCUUUAAGUGGUCCAAUACCAUCAACCAUUGGAAAUCUAUCAAAUCUGAAGCACUUGGUUCUUCGUUUCAACAAAUUAAAUGGAAAUCUCAAGAUUCUCAAAUACUUGAACUUGUCCCACAAUACCCUCAUGGGACAUAUACCUUCAUCUCUUGGAAACUUAAGUGAACUCGAAUCGUUGGACUUGUCAACAAACAAAUUGGAUGGUGAAAUUCCAAGUGAAUUGACAAGGUUGACAUUUCUUGCGAAAUUAAACCUUUCAAUAAACAAUCUUGUUGGGCAAAUACCGCGAUCCAAUCAGUUCUCCACAUUUGAGAAUGAUUCAUAUAUGAGAAACUUGGGAUUGUGUGGACUUCCGUUGACAAGAAAAUGCAAAGAUGAGAAUGGGCCAACGAUAAACCCCGCAGAUGAGAAAAGCAACAACCUAUCUUUUAUGCAAGAAGUUGGCAUAUCAAUGGCCUUUGGUUUUAUUUUCGGAUUCUGGGGAGUUAUUGGUUCUUUCUUACUAAAGAAAUCAUGGAGAUUCGCAUUCUUCAACUUCUUUGAUGAUGUUGGAGAUUGGCUCUACGUUAUGGGUCUCAUGCUUGUAUCCAAAUGGGGACGGACCUAAACUAAGUUCCAGCAAAUGAUGCCAAAAGCGUUGAUUGUGUUGGAAGGACUUGAAUUAUGGCGUCAAAUUCACGUGAUGCUGGCAGAACAGGUUGAGGAAUCAAAGUCAUCGUUGUACUAUGAUGUUCGAUGGACCAUCGGACAUCCUUUAAGUUACUAAAUUGUCCUUUUAUUUGUUUUGCGUGCUUAUUUUUUUGUAAUUUUGUUACUUCCUUCUGAAUCAGGGUUUCAAACCACUUAUAAAUAAUGGAUUUCAUUGUU